CAUCCAACCCCGAAGUUGGGUGGAAAGGAUUCACUUUUGGGUAGAUUCGUCUCUCCGUGUAAGUUUUCCGUGUAAAUAAAUAUUGAAGUUUUGACAAAACAAAACAGUGGUUGAUCCAUGGACGAGUGAAAAAGUGGAAAAAGUUUGUUAAUUUAACAUAAAAAAAGUAGUAACAUGGGGCACCAAACGCCAACCAGCCCGGCGAAUCUGUGCCGUGUCUGCAUCCGGGAUAUUACCUACGUUCCGGCAGAAAACAUAUUCUAUCCCUCCAGUCCGGACUGCCUCAGUAUCCACGCCAAACUUAGUGCAAUCUGUUCUGAGUUGUUUGCUCCUGACCAACGACUAUCCCUAGCUGAUGGAACAAUGCAGCUAAUGCCUCUCAGGGUCUGCUUGAGAUGCAAAUCCAGAAUAAAUGAAGCCUACGAGCUGCAUCAACUGUGUCUGGACAAUAACCGGAAGAUCAUGCAAAUGUUGGAGAAAGUUAAAGAGGAGCCUGUGGAUGAGAUUCAGACUGAACCUACCCGUGAGCAGUUGCCCGAAAAUUCCGUGGAAUGUCCCAGCGAAACACCGAAAGAAUCGGAGAAAUUAUCAGUGAAACAAAAAUCUACUAGCGUAAGAAAGGGGGGUCAGAAAUCCAGGAAGAUAAGUUGCAAGAAAUGUUCGGCAGUUAAGAUAAAUGCCCGGGCGAUGUUGAGACACAUGAAACUGGAACAUCCCGACGAGUUGCUGCAUUGUUCCAAGGUCUCAGGGCAUAAGUGUAACAGAGUUUACUAUGACCAAGCCAAGCUGGACGAACACAUUGUAGUCCAUUCGCAGGCAAAGAAAUGUGAAUGUCCAAAUUGCAAAAAACUAUUCAAAACUCCCGGAGAAGUCAGAGUCCACCUGACAAGUUGCACCGGGCAAAAGCCGUAUCUUUGCACGGAAUGUGGCAAAGCAUUUUCCUACGCCGUCAGCCUGAAGAAUCAUCUGAUGCUUCACAAGGAGAAAUCCUACGCAUGCGACCGAUGCCCUUCGAAGUUUCGCCAGAAGGGAGCUCUGAAGUGUCACAUGUUGACGCACGAGAAAAUAAGAAACUUUCACUGUGAUACGUGUGGAGCCGCAUUUGUUCAUAAGAAUAAUUUGGUGAACCAUAUGACGACUCAUACAGGUGAAAAACCGUAUGCUUGUGAUCUAUGUCCAAUGAGAUUUAGGACUCUUGAUAGUAUGCGUCGACAUUUUCGAACUCACACCGGCGAAAAGCCAUACAAAUGCACCCACUGCGAUCGUACCUUUGCCCAAACCAACGAUCUGGCUAAGCACAGCAAAAUCCACUUUGGCGAUAAUCCAUACAAAUGUGAAAUGUGUGAUGCAGCGUUCCGCCUAUUGUCUGAUCUCAGGAACCACUACAAGGUGCACUAUGAAGCAGGUGGUAGCCAAAAUCAAAAUCAUCUUCCAGAGGAGGUGCGGUUCACCAUCGUUAGCACAUUGAACAGGCGCGCUGAGCAGGAGAAGGAUCGGAAAAGUCAGCAACAGGUUGUUACAACAUCGAAUGAACAAAUCCAGUCUGGAGAGAACCAAGCAAUUCCAGCAGAUCACUGGAUAGCUUCAAUGGGAAUGGAGAAUAACGUAUGAUAAUAAUAAUAAUAAUAAUGUAAAUGAAUAAUACCUAACUAGC